UCAUUCUGCAGCAAGAUAAACCUAAUCCAACCACACCUAGGCCACUGAUGUCUCCUCCUGCUGAUUCCUUUGGGCCUCCCACCACUACUAAGCCUGGAUUAGUUGCCCCUUACCCUGCCUACAGUGGCACAUUGGCUGGUUCCCCUGAUCGCUACAAUGGCCCUCCUCGUCCCAGCAGCCCGUUGGCUGGUUCCCCUGAUCGCUACAAUGGCCCUCCUCGUCCCAGCAGCCCGGUUGAUGCUGGGUUCCCUGGUAAUUACUAUGGUUCUGCUUCUGAUAACAGCUAG